AUGGCGUUUGGUGUAGAGAUUACUGAUGAGGACUUUGAGCAGCUACUUGACAGAGCCUCCCUUGACGAAGAUGGGAAUGUCAGAUACCCUCACUUCAUGGCAAUGUUUGAUUCUCGACGAGGGGUGCCAAGCCUUUUUGAUGAACGGUCUGUAGGUAUGUCUGCAGUGGAAGAAGAAGAGCAUAUGCAUGGAAGAACACCAGAACAACUCUUCAAGAUUAUUAAGAGUCUCAUCCAUAAGAAUUAUGCAGCAGUAGAGAAAGCAUAUGAGGAUCUGGAUGAAAUGAAUUCUAGACGCCUUACUCAGGAGGCCAUGUACUUACUAUUAAAAAGUUUUGACAUUCAGCCUGGAGUUACUCGUGGAGAGAUCCGCAGACUUUGGAGCACCUUCAUCACCAACCAAGAUAAAACUUUGGACUACCUUGAAUUUGUCAGACACUUUGGUUACUCUCCAAAAUCUGCAUGUUAUCCCAAUGCAAAGAUUAGCCCCCCCAAGAAAGGCGAUGGAGACUUCAAGAUUCGAUCUAGGAAGCUGAACUGUGACUCUGACAUUCUCAUAGACAAUGUCCGUGCUAAGGUGGAGUACUUAUGGGAUGACCUGCGGAAAGAAUUUGAAGAUCUUGAUCCAUACCACACUGGCUUUGUCAGCAAAGAAGAAUUUAAAGACCUUUUAACUGAACUAUGUAUACACUUGAAUGAAUAUGAACGUGAGAUGUUAGCAAAGAAGUUUGAAUCUAUUGGUGAUGGCCGGGUAUGCUACAUUGAUUUCCUGCAACCUUUUGUGCCUCGCCGACAAGCUUUAAAAACUAAAACCAACAUGGAGGCAGUUAUGCAGAGUUCACGAGAAGAGGACAGUUCAUCUGAAUGCCAUCCCAAAGGUCUGGGCACACUGACAUCAAGGAUGCGUAAGAAGCUGCAAGGGGAGUGGAAGACACUACGCAGAGCUUUUAAGAAGCUGGACAUGGACAGCAGUGGCUACUUAUCUAUGCCUGAAUUUAGAUCCGUCCUGAAGCUCUGCAACUUUGUUCUUGAUGAAGAUGAGGUUUAUCACAUCAUGUCUAAAUACGACCAGAAUAUGGAUGGCCGCAUCAACUACAAAUCAUUUUUAGAGCACACAUGUAAGAAAGAUAACCUUUCUAUCUCUAGCACACCUCUGUCAAACACAAUAUAA